AUGGUGCGCAUCGGCUCUUCACUUCUCUUGGCCACUCUGGCUGCUACAACAGUCUCGGCUGCCUCCGACCCUCCAAGCUGCAGCCAGGACUCUCACUGCCCUGAAGAAUGGCCUUGCUGUUCUCUGUACGGCCAGUGUGGUACGGGCGCUUACUGCUUGGGCGGAUGCGAUCCUCUCACGUCCUUCUCUCUCGACUCCUGUACCCCUGAACCUGUUUGCCAGAGCAAGACCUACAAGGACUGGUCCAACCUCGACAGCGCUGCUGAGAACACCAAGUACCUGGGCAAUGCCACCAAAUACGACUGGGUCUACAGCGGUUCUCCCAAGGUUCAGGAUGGAAACCUCCUGCUCACCAUGCCCAAGAACAGCGUCGGCACCCUGAUCGCAAACAACCACUACCUUUGGUACGGCAAGAUCUCGGCCAAGAUCAAGAGCAGUCGUGGCGCUGGUGUGGUCACCGGUUUCAUUCUGCUGUCUGACACCAAGGACGAGAUCGACUACGAGUUCGUUGGUGCCGACCUGACCCAUGUUCAGACUAACUACUACUUCCAGGGUAUUCUUGACUACCACCACGGCGGAAACGCUUCCGUCCCUGGUGGUGACACCUUUGGCGCCUGGCACGAGUACACCAUUGACUGGAAGCCCGAGGCCAUCACAUGGUCUGUCGACGGUGAGGUGAAGAGAACUCUGACCAAGGAAUCCACCUACAACGAGACCAGCAAGCAAUACAUGUACCCUCAGACGCCCUCCAGAAUGCAGCUGUCCCUGUGGCCCGCUGGUCAAGCCAGCAACGCCGAGGGUACCAUUGCCUGGGCCGGCGGUGAGAUCAACUGGGAUAGCGAAGACAUCAAGAACACCGGUUACUACUACGCCACUUUCGGCGAAAUCACCGUCGAAUGCUACGACCCUCCCAGCGGUGCUGAUGUCAAGGGCAGCAAGGCAUACAUCUUCAAGGACAAAGCUGGUCUCGAAAGCUCCAUUCAAAUCACCAACAACAACACCGUGCUCGCCUCCUUUGGCGCUACCGGACUUGACAUGAACCUUGGCGCCAGCUCUUCGGCUUCGGGAUCUGCGAACAAGACCAGCAGCAGCGCCAACACUGUUCCCUCUGGUAAUGGUGGCUCUGGAAACGAGCCUGGCAAUUCCCAGGGCGGUAGCAGCGGCUCCGGUACCAGCACCUCGGGCAGCUCUGGCAGCUCCACCGGAUUCAGCCAGGGCAGCGAGACCUCUGCCAGCAGCAACAAGAACGCUGCUCCGUCUCAGAACGAGCGAGUCCUGAAUGGUUCCUUCUUCGCUGUUCUGGUUGCCGUUGUUGCUCUGGUCACCCUGUGA